AACGUGUCCCCUGUACGUGCGUAGUGUUGUUAUAUAUUAUUUUCUGGUCCUUUAAGAAGCAAUCUGUAUGUAUAACAAUUUCACUUAAGACGGUGCUAUAGGUCAUAAGGGUCAUAAGUAUUUGUGCACACUUCAUUUCUUGUCACGAAUACUCAAUCAAACUGUAAUGAAAUAAUGCACGGAAGGGCACCUUGGGUCUUCCUUCGCCAUUAACAUAUGACCUAUAAUUGUGUUGGUGCGACGUUAAACCCAACAAAAUAAAUAAAUAAAUAAAUAGUAUUUUCCUUAUUAUUUCGCUUACUGAUAUAUAACACUUAAGUAUGUACUACUACAACCGAUUAAAACUUCCUGGUAAUAUAUAACUGCAGUGUAAAAGGUUAAAGGAUAAUUAUACAUCUUGUUGAUUAUUAAACCAACUAUACUCUUGAUACGUUGUGAUAAAUACAGCUUAAUUGUUUAUUGUAAAACAGGAAAUUGUAUAUAUUCAUGUUAAAAUGAAAUUGAAGUCAUGGAUGAUAAACAUUAUAUCGUUAUCUGAAUUCAAAUGUCUUUAUAGAAUUGAGUGACAGAAUGAAAUGGCUAAUAGUCUGUAUUUGAGACUACUGUGGAUACUUGUGACUUUUCACAAAUCUUCAAAAGCUAUCGAUGGAGACUCUUUUAACUGCGAUUUUGAUGAUGGGUUUUGUAACUGGAAACAAGACAAAACGGAUGACUUUGAUUGGACUAGGCGGUCAGGGGAAACGCCGACACGUCUCACAGGACCAAACUCCGAUCACACAUCAGGAGAGGGCUUUUACGUGUAUAUUGAAACAACAACAAGGAAUGCAAACUACACAGCUAGACUGAUCAGUCCACAGAAGACUUCUGGGCAAUACUGCUUCUCAUUCUGGUACCACAUGUAUGGCAGUCAUAUCAAUAGACUCAGUGUAUCAAAAAAAGAAGGCACAAAUACAAAAGAAUUAUUCUGGAAAACAGGAAAUCAGGGUGAAAAGUGGAUAUUUGGUCAAAUACAGUUUGAGGCUGAAGAAAUCUUUCAGAUUGUUAUUGAGGGGAAAGCAAGAGAUAACAGUAGAACGUGGUUUGGUGACAUAGCAAUUGACGACAUAGUACUGUUUCCAAGUGAAAAAUGUCCAACAGCUGCCGAUAGAGACUCGUUUGACUGCAGUUUUGAUGAUGGGUUUUGUAACUGGAAACAGGACAAAACUGAUGACUUUGACUGGACAAGGUUGUCAGGAAAAACACCGACCAAUAGAACAGGACCGGAUUCUGAUCACACAUCAGGAGAGGGCUUUUACAUCUAUAUUGAAACAACACCAAGCUUUAACAACAUUAGCAAAAUGAAUAACUACAAGGCAAGACUGAUCAGCCCUGAGAAGGAUUCUGGGCAAUACUGCUUCUCAUUCUGGUAUCACAUGUAUGGCAGUCAUAUCAACAGACUAAGCGUGUCACUAAAGGAAGGCUCAGAUACAAAAGAAUUAUUCUGGAAAACAGGGGAUCAGGCGCAAAACUGGAUAUUAGGGCAAAAACAGUUUGAGGCAAAAGAACGUUUUCAGGAGUCUUGGUAUGGAGACAUAGCAGUUGAUGAUAUAGCAAUGUUUCCCACUGAAAAAUGUCCAACAGAUUGUGGCGAUCCUACCCCUGAAGCUGGCGUUGCAAAUCCAACAGACAUCAAAAUCGGAUCUGCUGUGCAAAUAUCAUGCAAAAUUGGUUAUGAAAUUGCAGGAAAUUCAUCAAUUAUUUGCUUAGUAAAUGGUUCCUGGAGUGACAGGCCAGAAUGCCAACCAACAGACUGCGGUGAUCCGACUCCAGAAUCAGGAAAUGUUGAUAGCACAGACUUUCAGUAUGGCUCAGUUAUUGAAGUUAAAUGCGUUGAAGGGUACAAAAUCAAUGGAAAUUCUUCAAUAAUAUGCCAAGCAAAUUCUACAUGGAAUAACAUUCCAGUUUGUGACCAGAUAGAAAAUGUUAGCAAGAUAUUUGGUACCGUUUUACCUGUAUCGCUUCCUAUCUCGGUUUCAGAGUGUGAAACUAUUAAUAUCACAAACGGACAUUUUGAUACAGCACUCGGAACGACUUUUGGAAAAACUGCUACACAGUCCUGUGACACCGGUUAUACCCUUUCGGGAGAUGAAACAGUCACAUGCCUUGAAGCUGGUUGGAAUGGUACUAUUGCAACGUGUACCAUCGUUGACUCAGUUGCCAGUGCUCUAGUCGUAGUUUAUGCUAUGGUUCCAGUUAUUGUAAUAGUUCUUACCUUAGUUUUAUUAUUCGUUAUUUGGAGAAAAAGACAUAUACAGUGUGCACAAGCAAAAGAUGCAAAACACAAAUCCGGAGAAAAUCCGACAAUUCAAUAUGCGAGUGAAACAAACAGUGGACAUGGUCUCAAACACCAGAUCAAUGUAUCAGAAACAUCGGAAUCAAUACCACCAGACGAAGAAUAUUCUUUUAUAACAGAACAUAAUAAAGUGGAACCAACAGAUACCAUGUACUACAACACAUUUGAUAAUAUAUGUAAAGUUGAAAAUGAUGUAGAAAGUCAAUAUGAUCAUACAAAUGACAUAUCGAAGUCGUUUUCAGAUAAUAUAUAUUCGCAUAUAUCUAGAAACAAACCUGGCAUACAGGACGGGACAACUUACGAUACAACAUCUUGUCAAAACUCUGGAAAUGAAGCCUUGAACACCAAAGCACAAACAGAAGAUGAUAGUUAUAGUCACCUUAAUAUAGAAGGUCUAAAUAAAGCAAUACAUCAGAAACCUCAAACAACAACUCAAGAUGAAGAAUCUGAAUACGCAAAUACAUCAGGAAACAUCGAUGCCGUAGAAACUGAACAAAAAGAUGACUUUAAUGUGAAAGAAGGGAAAAUGAAAACAAAAACUGUUGAAAAAGAAGUAAACAGUCAUGAUGAAGAUUGUGAAUAUUCUAAUAAAAAGCGCCCGGCGGAACUGCCGACCAUGCUUCUUCAUCACGACAACGCAUUGUCACAUCGUGCGGCAGCUACUCAGGAAGUAGACGAGUGUUCGUUUGAUGUUCUGGAGCAUCCCUCACACAGCCCGGAUUUAGCGCCGUGCGAUGUCUUCCUCUUCCCAGCGCUGAAACAUGUUCUCCGCGGACAGCAGUUCGAGGACAUUGACGAACUUCCCACAGCCGUUCAGUCGGCAAUCUCCUCACUUUCGAAGGAAAGUUACAGUAGCGCAUUCACUACCUGGGGCAAGAGAUCUAUCUGCUCUUUUGACUGCAAUUUUGAUUAUGGGUUUUGUGACUGGAAACAAGACAAAAUGGACGACUUUGAUUGGACAAGGUGGUCAGGAGAAACGGUGACAGUUAGGACAGGACCAGACUCCGAUCACACAUCAGGAGAGGGCUUUUACGUCUAUAUCGAAACAUCACCAAACUAUAACAAAACUACCCGAAUUAAUAACUACGAGGCAAGACUGAUCAGCCCAAAGGAGGACUCCGGGCGAUAUUGCUUGUCAUUCUGGUAUCACAUGUAUGGCAGCCAUAUCAACAGACUAGCCGUAUCAAUAAAGGAAGGCUUCGAUACACGCGAAUUAUUCCGGAAAACAGGAAACCAGGGCAAAAGAUGGAUAUUAGGGCAAAUACAGUUUGAGGCAAAAGAACGUUUUCAGAUUGUAAUUGAGGGAAAAGCAAGAAAUCACAGGCAUUCUUGGUAUGGAGACAUAGCAGUUGACGAUAUAGUAAUUUUCCCCACUGAAAAAUGUCCAACAGAUUGUGGUGGUCCUACCCCGGAAGCUGGCGUUGCAAAUUCAACAAACAUCAAAAUUGGAUCUGCAGUGCAAAUAUCAUGCAAACCUGGUUAUAAAAUUUUAGGGAAUUCAUCAGUUUUUUGCUUAGUAAAUGGUUCCUGGAGUGACAGGUCAGAAUGCCAUCCAACAGACUGUGGAACUAUGAAAAUCACAAAUGGACAUUUUAAUACAGCAGCCGGAACGACUUUUGGAAAAACUGCUACACAGUCCUGUGACACCGGUUAUACCUUUGCGGGAGAUGAAACGGUCACAUGCCUUGAAGCUGGUUGGAAUGGUACUAUUGCAACGUGCACCAUCGUUGACCCUGAAAGCAGUGCUCUGAUUGCGGUUUAUGUAACUGUUCCACUAGUUGUAUUUGUUACGAUCAUGUUAACACUCGUUGUUUGCAGGAAAAGGCCACUGAAAUGCUCGAAAGCAUCAGGGGCCCAACAAGGAGAAAACAUGAAUCCUGUCAUCCAAGAAACCAUGAAAACUAAUAACGUGGUGAAUGAAUAUGAACACUUGAACAGCAAUACGAUGCAAACUGGAACAGGCGGAUCGGCACUUCCGGGCAAUGAAUAUGCUGUUUUAUCUGAUACUGAAAACGACGAGGUAGUACAUGUGUACUAUAGCACUGAUGAAGCAAAGUUUGUAGAUAAAGAUGAUGACAAACUUGGCUAUGAGAAUGUAAAGAGCUUUGCAUCGCCCUUUGGAGGUAUGUCUGAAAACACAAUUGGAACCAAAUGUGAGCCAAAUGGUGAUGAAACACCGAUUCAGCUAUAUGAAUGUCUGAAAACGGACACACAAAAUGAAAAUGAUUUUUAUGAUCUUUUAAAUAAAAACUAAGUUCAUUUAUAAUGUAGGACUAUCACAAUGUAAUGUUAACGAUUGAUAGUGUGAAAAUGAAACUUUAUUGUUUGUUAAAUAAUCAAUCGCCUUCAGCCUUUUUAGAGAAAGAAACAAGAGGACGUGUGCCAAAGCUGUGGCUCAAUACGAACGCACAUUUUACUUUAAUUUAAAAGAAAUAAUAUGAAAUAAAAGUGACAUUAUAGAAUUUAUAUGCACUUUGUAUGUUUGAAAGAAAAGAGAAGAAUGAUGCGGUAUAUUAUUAUAAAAGUGCUUUAGCGUUCUUGCUGAUAACAUUUGACAAUCUAACUUCUGUUUUGCUUUCAAAGACGUUAUAAUUGAUGAUCUGUUUAACUGAUUGUUUAAAGUAAGCGGCUUACUAUUUCAUCCUUAUAUAGAACCUUUUUCUUUGGUUGCUAUUGAACUGGUAACUGUUUUGAACGAAGUGAUUUGUUUGUUGAUUCGGUCAGUUUAUGAAUAUUUUUAACAAAAUAUCUCACCAAACUUUCAAACUAAUAAGUUUAGAUGAAAACUAUCGUAAAAUAAAAUUAAAUGGUAUCCAAUAAGCGAAAACUUACCUACCACAAUUGCAUUAACAUCAGAGGCACAGUGUAACUUAAAAUAAGUUAUGAUUCCGAAUAAUCAGAAAUUGUUUAAUGAAAUAGGAUGUCAUUACUAGUUCAUCCAUUUAUAAUUACAUACUAUAUCUAAUAUGAUGUCAUGUUUUGUUUAUAUUACAUUUUUCCUAUGGCAUAGAAAAUAUCUUUUUACUUCAAAGCUAGAUACAAAAUAAUAUUUAACAUACUAUGUCCUUUAAAAUCAAUGUCCGAUUGCUAUACGUUUCAAACUCUAGUUGUCUAAUGGUUUGAUUCUUUAACAUUGUUAACGAGACACGGAUCUAACUCUGAUUUCAUUCAAUGAAAUAUUUGUUUGUUUGUUUUUCUUUGUUUGUUUCGGGUUAAGCGCCACUUUUCAACAGUAUUUCUUUUAUGUAACGUUGGACAGUUACUCUAACCAGUAUUCCGGGAUUCUGUAUCAGUAUGUACCUGUUUUCCGCAAGUAAUUGCCAACUUCUCCAAAAGAAUCAGAUAUGGGGUAUAAAACGAUCUUAGACACAUUUUAUCAAAUAGUCACGAAGAUGAUAUAUCUUGCGUAGAGAUCGAAUUCACUACCUUAUGAUCCGUAGAUCUGAACUCUCUUAUUACACCUUACCAGAGGAGCAUCAAAUAAAAAGUAACUGAAAGGUAAAAGCAGGAUAUCUUGAAACCAAAACAAUACGAGUAGAUUCAAAUUCUUAAACAAAUACACUAGGUUCAAAUUCGAAUCACAGAUUACAAAACUAUUUCUAAUGUAACGUACAGGACACAUAAUGUGUUUGCUUUUAUUCUACUGUCAAUAAAAUUGCAUAACUUCUUAAUCUGCAAUUAGAAGUCGAAAAUGAUGUUUGACCAUUUUUCAUGUUAUUUCUUUCUUUGUUUUAUCCAUUGAAGUCACGUUUUAAUAAUAUAUGUUACAGUAUCUGCACUAUUGUAGCGUAACUCUUCAGUCGAUGAAAAACCUUUUCCCUCCUUUAAGUAAACAAGUUUGAAUGGCGUUUUUCCACGUGGAGAAGCAGACAUCAGUAUGCAUUGCAAUUAUGUUUUGAGUAUGCCUUGUACGACUAACGCACACUUUGCUUUUAAAAUAAAUGUGACUGUUAUUACUUAGUCUAAUUUUGUAAAGUAGUUUAUAUAUUAACAAUACAUCUUCUUUGUGAAAUAAGUUAUGUGUUUGUUUCAUUUCCUGCAGUUAAGAAAUAACAAAUAUGAAAAUAUAUGUACUAUUACUCUAUAUCUACUUACUAUAUAUAAUGGAUUUCUUAUGUCGACAUUAUAAUAAGAGCGAAUAAACUGAAAUUUUAUUCUUG